AUGGCCACACAAAGAGACGACGAGUUGAUCGCCGCGGAGAAAAAUGUCAAAGGGACUGUCGAACAAGAGGUAUUGGAAGAUGGCGCGGAGCACCAUCAGUCGCUCGAGAAAUACAUCAACCGAGUCACCGCAACCAGUUUCUCCUUCGUCUUGCUGGCAUCGUGGGUUGGCUCAAUUACCACCAUGCAGCUCUCCCUUGUGAAUGGCGGGCCUGCUUCUAUGGUGUAUGGAAGCAUUUUCUCCGGCGCUGGGACCACGCUCGUUGCGGUCUCGCUGGCGGAGAUGGCAUCUAUUGAUCCCACAGUCGGGGCUCAGUAUCGUUGGUCUGCAGCGUUUGCGCCGAGAUGGAAGACGUUCUUCGGCCUGAUGCAAGGAUGGAUCACGGUGUUUGCGUGGAUCUGCUCGUGCACGUCUGUGGCUGCACUCGUCGCGAACAUCAUCUCAGGACUUGCGGUUUUCAAUUACCCGGACUAUAAGCCGCAAAGAUGGUACUUCACGUUGCUCAUGUGGGGCACCACGAUCUUUCCGUUCCUCAGCAACUUCUGGUUCAAACGGACAGUCGUGCCGCUUGAAAACUUGGGAGCCAUCCUGAACGUCGUCAUGUUCAUCGCCAGCAUCGUCACGCUUCUGGUUCUUGCAGAGCGGAGUACAGUCGAGUACGUGUUCCAAACCUUGACCAACGACGUCAGCGGAUGGACGAACCUGACUGUAGCCUGGAGUAUAGGGCUACUCUCCGUGACUUAUCCACUGACUGGUUUCGACAGCGUAAUCCACAUGUCGGACGAAGUCAAAAAAGCGCGCCUCGAAGUACCACGCUCGAUGAUAACCUCCGUGAUCCUCAAUGCUCUCAUGCAGUUCGUCUUCAUGCUGACCGUACUCUUCGCAAUCGGCGACACGGCGCUCGUCCUCGCCAGCCCCCUUCCCAUCCUGCAAGUUUACCAUCAAGCCACGGGCUCCAGGACCGCGACCAACUUCUUCGUCACCAUGAUUGCGGUCUUAGGGUUUAUCAGCUUUUUCAACUGCUUCGCGUCUGUGUCGCGACUGCUAUGGGCUUUCUCAAGGGACAACGGACUGCCGUUCUCGAAUACGUUCGCGCGAAUACAUCCCAAGCUCCGGCUGCCGGCGAAUGGGCUGCUGUUACUCGCGGCAUGUCUGUGCUUGCUGUCGCUGAUCAAUAUCGGGAGCAGCACUGCGUUCAACGCGUUUGUCUCGCUGCCGGUGCUGGGGCUGUACAUAUCUUACUUCUUCCCGAUUUUGUUUUUCCUGAUGCGGCGGUUGUCGAGGACGCAUGCAAGCUCCAUCCCAUGGGGUCCUUUCAGGCUGAGUCGCGCCGGACCGGCUGUCAAUGUGGCGGCUCUGUGUUAUCUCGGGUUCAUGCUUGUGUGGCUGCCGUUCCCGGCGUUUGUGCCUGUGGAUGCGGUCAACAUGAACUACGCCGGCCCUGUCACGGGAGCGGUGAUUCUCGGUGCACUUGUGGAUUGGUACGUAUCAGGAAGGAAGAGGUUCCAGGUGCCGGUUGCAAGGUCUGAAGUGGAUCUUGAUGAUUGAACGAAUGAUGUCUUCGCUCUGCGCCGAUGAGGGGAAGGAACCAGACCCUCUGUAAAUCCGGUAAUUCGCUAUCUAAAUUCUUCAUCUCCACCCUCACCUCAGAAGACGGGUGACCCAUCGCUCACUCGCUCACCUUUUACACCCCCCUCACAUAAUCCCCAGCUCUCCAAACCCCUUCAACACAUCCUUAUCCACCCGCGCCA